CCGGAAGCAGGUUGUUUUGGGCGGGACCAGGAAGGUCCAUUUCAAGGAACCAGGCUGAAGCGACAGGAAAUUCCACCCUUCCGUGUUGAUCUUGGCGGAGCAGCGUGGUCUGGCUCUGCACGUGGAAGACCCAGCCGGGUAUUCGGGACCUGAAACCCUCCCCGGAGCCGCAGUCGCCGCGCGGGGCGGCCUGGGAAAGUCAGCAGUCAGCAGCGCAGUGGCGGGAACCGCAGCCCGGCGGCCCUGGAACCUCCCAGGUCAGAGGAGCUGCGGGGCUGGGACACGGGAGGGAAGGGGCCGGGGUGUGCGCGCGGAGGCUGCUCAGAAGGACACAGCUUUCAAAAUUCUGUUGUGGACAUCGUUCCGUUGUUGGUAAGGUUGAGAUCCUAUGAAGUGGUGACUAUCGUGAUUUUUUCACUUCUUACUGUUCCCAGACUAUUCUGUCUUAAAAUGAUUCAUAAAACAAUCUGGUAGAGCAUCUGUAGUGUCUCUUGUGUGCAAGCAGGGUUCUCUUUGCUAUUGUGGCAGUUCCAAAGCUCCUGGAAUUUAAAUUCAUCCAUGCUUCCUAACUCCCUUGUUUUACCACAUCCCUAAUUAAGAAAGUCGCCUUUGUCCCUGAGACCAGGCAUCGCCAGAGAACUUUGUAGAUAAUAAUCACAUGUUGAACCUGAACAGAUAUGAUUGAAUCAGAGAAUAUAUUUUAUGGAGUGGUACAGAUAUGAUUGUACACCUUUUCUUCCACAUUAAUUUUCGAUCUGAGAUAUAUGCAGUCUGGGAUGUAAACACAACUUUCAGAAAUGUGUCUUCAUUAGCUGUGUUCUAUUACACGGUUUUUUGACAUUCAGUGCUGUGACUGAGGACUUGUAGGAGGAGUGGGAAUGCCUAGACCCUGCUCACAGGGCUUUUUGCACAGAUCUCCUGUUGUAGAACUGCUGCAGUCUGGAUUCUAAGGGUGCUUUCUGAAGAAUCUCUUUCUCCUAUGCAGUCUCACAAGGUCGGUCAGUCCUGCUCACCUGUGCAUCAGAACAAAGAGCCCUGGAUGGAGAAGAGAGAGGAGACAGUAGCAAAGGAUCCAGCUUUGUGUCUUUGACACCUUGAUGUGAAAUUUCAACAAGAAUUCCAGUCAUUGUUUCUGAGACAGAAACACAGAGAAGAGCAACAAGAAGAAUGAAUGCUUCUGUGAUAAAUGCUCCCCAGAGUCUGUUAUCAUUCAGGGAUGUGGCUGUGGAUUUUUCACAGGAGGAAUGGGAGUAUCUAGACUAUGAUCAGAGGACAUUGUACAUGGAUGUAAUGUUGGAGAAUUACAGCAAUCUAGUCUUUGUGGAGAAUCAUCGCAUAUAUGGUAAAUAUGAAAAAGACUUGGAUCAAGGCACAAAGCAUAUUGCCCAUGAGGAUGUGAUUAUCCAAGAGAAGUCUUAUAAAUGUAAUGAGCUUGGCAACAUGAUUGAUGAAUGCUCCCAAUGCACAUCUUAUGACACAAGUGAUACUGCAGAAUAUUGCAACAAGUACAGAUUUGGUAUCCACAGAGAUGCUUCUGUUGAAACAUACGUAAACAGACAUAAAAGUGGGAACACUGGAGAAGAACCUUGCAAAUAUAAAGAGUGUGUAAACUGUUUAAAUUUGUGUUCUAUCACUAGCCAAAAUCAAGGAAUUCACAUAGGGAAGCAACACAAAAUUACAGAGUAUGAUGAAUCAUUUGACUCCAAAACUAAAAUCAUGUUGAAACGAAUCUAUAGUGGAAAGAAGCCACACCAAUGCAGGAAAUGUGGAAAAUGCUUCAAGAUGGACUCAAGCCUCAGUGGACAUCAAUUUGCUCAUACUGGAGAGAAACCCUAUAAAUGUACAAAGUGUAGUAAAUCCUUUCUGCAUUUGUCCCAACUCAAAGUCCAUUACAAAAUCCAUUGUGGAGAAAAACCCUACAAAUGUACAGAUUAUGCUCAGUGCUUUUCUCAUACACCUGAUAUUGAAAGAUAUUACAGGAUCCACAGUGGAUUGAAGACUCACAAUUGUAAUGAUUGUGGCAAAUUCUUUAUGAGUGCUUCAUCUCUUAGAACACAUCAGAGAAUCCACACAGGAGAGAAACCUUACACUUGUAGCAAAUGUGAGAAAUCUUUUUCCAAGAAAGACCAUCUUAGAAAUCAUCAGAGAAUUCAUACAGGAGAGAAACCUUACAAAUGUAGUGAAUGUGACAAAUGCUUUAUCGUGAAAGGCAAUCUUAGAAGUCAUCAGAGAGUCCAUACAGGAGAGAAACCUUAUAAAUGUAGUGAAUGUGACAAAACAUUUUCAGUUUCCUCAAGUCUCAAAACACAUCAGAGAAUACAUACAGGAGAGAAACCUUACAAAUGUGGUGAAUGUGACAAAUCCUUUAUGAGUGCCUCAUCUCUUAGAAUACAUCACAGAAUACAUACAGGAGAGAAACCUUACAAAUGUACCAAAUGUGAGCAAUCUUUUUCCAAGAGAGACUUUCUUAGAACUCAUCAGAGAAUACAUACAGGAGAGAAGCCUUACAAAUGUAGUGAAUGUAACAGAUCCUUUACCCUGAAAGGCUAUCUUAAAUCUCAUCAGAGAAUACAUACAGGAGAAAAACCUUACAAAUGUAGUGAAUGUGACAAAUCAUUUAUGUUUGCCUCGUCUUGUAGAACACAUCAGAGAAUACAUACAGGAGAGAAACCUUACAAAUGUAGUGAAUGUGACAAAUCCUUUUCAGUUAUCUCAUAUCUUAGAAAACAUCAGAAAAUACAUACAGGAGAGAAACCGUACCAAUGUAGCGAAUGUCAGAAGUCUUAUUCCAAGAAAGACCAUCUUAGAACUCAUCAGAGAAGUCAUACUGGAGAGAAACCUUACAGAUGUAGUGACUGUGACAAAUCCUUUUCUAAGAAAGACAAUCUUAAAACUCAUCAGAGAAUCCAUACAGGAGAGAAACCUUACAAAUGUAGUGAAUGUGACAGAUCCUUUACCCUGAAAGGCCAUCUUAAAACUCAUCAGAGAAUACAUACAGGAGAGAAGCCUUACAAAUGUAGUGAAUGUGACAAAUCCUUUACCCUAAAAGUCAAUCUUACAAAGCAUCAGAGAAUACAUACAGGAGAGAAACCUUACAAAUGUAGUGAAUGUGACAAAUCUUUUUCCCAGAAAGACACUCUUAGAAGUCAUCAGAGAACACAUACAGGAGAAAAACCUUACAAAUGUAAUGAAUGUGAGAAAUCUUAUUCCAAGAAAGACCAUCUUAGAAGUCAUCAGAGAAUCCAUACAGGAGAGCAACCUUACAAAUACAGUGACUAUGACAAGUCCUUUACCCAGAAAUUCACACUUAGAAUUCAUCAGAGAAUCCAUAGAAGAAAACCUUACAAAUGUAAUAAAUGUGACAAAUCCUUUUCAAGUGGCUCAGAUCUUAGAAAACAUCAGAAAACCCAUACAGGUAAGAAGCCUUACAAAUGGAGUAGAUGCAAGAAAUCCUUUACCCAGAAAGGCAGUCUUAGAACUCAUCAGAUAAUACCUACAGGAGAAAAAUUUAGAAAUGUAGAGAAUGUGACAAAUCCUUUGCUGUUGGCUCGUUUCUUAGAACACAUCAGAGACUACACACAGGAGAGAAACUUGACAAACAUAAUGUAUGAGGAAAAGGCUGCUAUAGCUCCCAGUAAAGGAGUAGAGGAUGAUGAGAGAAAAGAUUCCAUAGGAAAUAAAAUGUGGCAUGUACUUUAUCCAAGCUCUGUCCUUAGCGAUGCUCCACACUAAAAAAUAUGAACUUGAGAAACUUGUGAAAGCCUUCAAGUAAUGUCCAGAUCUUAGAAAAAACUCAAGUUUAUGCUGAGGGAAAUUCUGAAAAUGUGGCAAUAUAUGAAAAAUUUCAUUAAAACUUUUAACUUGUUCAACCUCAAAUUCUUUGUAAUGAAGACAAAAUGGAGAAACUGCAGUGUAUGUUUUAUAACAAUUUCCUGGAGACUGGAAUGAUUCAUUCUGAGGGGAAGCUGAUUAAAGCAGGAAAUACACCACUCAAAAAAGCUUCAAGAAAUCCCUGAAACUGACAGGAUUCUGUAUGCUUAACUGAAAUGAAGAAACUCAGACAAACCAUGCUGCUUAGAAGGGGAUUUGAGCCACCAAGAUAGGAUACUCUUUAACCUGUAGAAAUGCUUACAGGUAUGCAGUAUUCUCUAGUUGUGCUUUAUUCAUAAGCUUUAUCACAUGCUGGUUUCAAGUUUCAUGAUAGCAACUGUGUUUGAGUCUCUUGUGUUCCUUAUCAUAAGCAACUUCUUCCCCAUACUGCUAUAUGCAGUUCCAGUAAAGCUCAUUGAUUCAAAAA